AUGCACGCGCGAAAUGCAGUCAACGAGACCAAGACGCCCCCGGGCGAGAACAAUCGGCUCGUGAUCCUCACCGCUCAGAGCUCGGAGCCGUCUGCUGGGCCUCACAAACAUACGACCUCUAUGUUACCAUCUACAACGCAUUGUGCGACUGUUGGUCCUCGCCGUCACUAUCCUUCAAUUCCGGCUGCGUGUCUUGUUUGCCGUAGAAAGCAUCUGAAAUGCGACGGGCAACGUCCUUGUUCCCGCUGCAGAGCUGCCAAUCAGGAUUGUGUCUAUGUCGCUUCCCGUCGCGGAUACAAUGGCCGUAAACGUAUGGUCGCCGAAUCCAUUGAUCAUCUUGAGGCAACGAAGAACCAUGGUCCACUUGUCACGGUCACGGAGACAGCAAUCGAUCCCGUCCCCCCCUUGUCCGCAGCGGAAUUUCCCUCCAUCCUCGAUCCCUCCGUAAUCUCGCGCGUCGCCCCAGAGCACUCGGGUACUGAUACAGGGCCCCCAAUUGGCAUGUUUUCUCAAACUACCCCUUCAAGCACGUUGUCUAUCUAUUCCUUCCAGACACCGCUUGGCAGCAUAAGCGGCAAUCCGCACCUGGGCUUUGACUACGAAAUGCCCCGGGCACUUCCUCAGAGGGAUUGUUACCUUGAGUCAUUUUAUCGAAAUUUCUACGCCGCCCAUCCGUUUAUACUCCCAAAGGAGCCUCUUAUUUUCUUAGCACAAGAGACUCCCUUGGAGCCUUUGCUUGCUGCUAUGAGGUGGAUUGGUUCCCUAUAUAUUGAGCGAGACACCUCCCCCAGCCUGUUCAGAGAGGCAUCUCGUCUAAUAGAUGGUAACACUGUCAAAGACGGCUUUUUGGUGCAGGCAAGGUUGCUUCUUGCCAUUGGACUUGACGGAAACCAUCGACUUCAAAAGGCCAGGAAUCUCAUGGCAGAAGCCCGGGAUAUCUCAAUCCAAUUAGGUAUGAACAGCCAUUUAUUUGCAACCGCCAACGGGCAAGGAUCUCCGAUAGUUGAAGAGAGCUGGCGGAGGACAUGGUGGGAGCUCUAUGUUGUCGAUGCCCUUAUGUCUGGUGUGCAUCAAACGGACAUCUUUACCUUGUACGAUGUCCCUUCAAAUGUUGCUCUGCCUUGUGAAGAGUCCCAGUAUCUCGCAGGAGAAAUACCUCCCCCGAAGCAACCAAAUAAUCUGGAGAACAUCGGGCCGUUCGACGGCAGGCCAUUGUCGUCGUAUGCCUAUCGAAUUCAAUGUGCCUGCUUCCUAGGCAUCCUCCAAAGGACGCCAACGGAGAUCGAACAUAUCGACAAGCUCCUCGCCAAUUGGAUGCUUCGUUUACCACCUUCAAAAUACGACACUUAUGCUAAGGGCGAAUCAGAUGAAAUGCUGUUUCAGGCUAUCAUGAUGUGGCACGCUAUCACUAUUCUACUACACCAGCCUCACUCACAACUAGAUCCGUCGCCAACUUACCACAUUCAGGCUUGCGCACCGAACACGCCUGCCUUGUCCAAGGAUACCUUCAACUCACAUACUAGACGAACUAUCCGGUCUGCGACGGAGCUCAGCAAGUUGAUCAUGCAUCGCGUUCCUCUCCUCAAACAUACUCAUUUCUUUGCUUACAUGGUAACACUAUCAUCGACAAUCCAUCUCAGUAGAUGGGCACUGGCCUUUGUGGCACAAGAUGAUGAUGACCUCCGCCAAAGCAUGCGUUAUAAUAUCGGUGCCCUUCUAAAGUAUGCUGCUAUGUGGCCUAUGGCGCAACACAUGGGAUGUCAAGUAAAGCAAAUUGCAAAGGAGAUAUACACGAUGAAGAAGCGGGAUCGACAAAAGACCCAGGAAUAG